ACUUCAGGGCAGCUAUACAGAGAUGUAAAUAAAGUCUCUAAAAUACAUUGUCUCUUGUGCUGAAGAGGUUUUGACUUAACAUGGCAACUAAAGGACAAACAUUAAAGUACAUUUUAGUAUUCAUCAUAGCUGUUCUGCUGGGACUAUGUGUUUUGGAAACACUUACUUUCCCAGAAGCAAACAUAGAUUUACAGUUCAGUUACAAAGGCAAGGCACAUCGUAUUGAAAAAAGAGCAGUACCAACCACAACAGCAGCUUCAUCAACUACUGUUGCUACUACUACUACUACUACUACUACUACUACUACUACUAUUCCUCCCAGCUCUACUAUUCCUCCCACUACUACUGCUAUUACUACUAUUAAUACUACUACUACUACUAGUACUAUUCCUCCCACUACUACUGCUAUUACUACUAUUAAUACUACUACUACUACUACUAGUACUAUUCCUCCCAAUACUACUGCUAUUACUACUACUAACACUACUACUACUACUAGUACUAUUCCUCCCACUACUACUGCUAUUACUACUACUACUACUAAUAGUACUAUUCUUCCCACUACUACUCCUGCUACUACUAUUACUCCCACAACUACUGCUAUUACUACUACUCCUCCUCACACUACAACUACAUCAACUACAGUAAUUCAUAUGUCAAUGAGAAUAAAUCAAGCGUUUGACACCAGUCUCACCGAUGAAACUGAUACAAAAUACAAAUUCUAUGUCGAAAAAAUGGAGUUAGCAAUUGAUGAAAGUUACAAGAAUCUAUCUUAUUACAUUAAAGGUUCUGUAAAAGUCACUGGCUUCAGGUCUGGUAGCAUCAUAGCAGACUACACGAUUAAUACAACCAAAAACAACAGUGUUGAUUUCACAUCAGAAAACACACAGGUUUCUGAGAUUCUUUGGAAAGCAGGGAUCCCUGUAAAAGAUUUUGAGGAAAGUGAGGAAUUCAAUAUGACAACCAAACAAAAAUUUUACCCUCAGCAAAGUAUGGAACUGAGGUGUUCUCAUCUAAAAUCUGUUCAUGGGAAAAUGAAAUGGAGAGUGAAUGACAAAGAUCCUGCAGAAAACAAAGCAAAAUACAACAUUACAAAUGAUGGUAGUGGAAGCACUCUCAUAGUGAAGGAUGUUAGUGAAAGUGACAGGGGUAGAUACUCGUGUGUCAUAGAAACAAGCACUACACCUUAUGUCCGGUGGCAAGAAAUAUUUAUUGAACCACGUCCCGAUAUCGUAGUGGAUAAAACUGAAAUAAAGUUGCCAUGUACAGACAAGACAGUCACUGUCACGCUGACAUGCUGCGUCUACCCAAUUAACGUCUACCCAAUUGAGUGGGCUGGGAGUCCUUCUUAUGAUGGAACAAAUUCAGAGCCUGGCUGCAUCACAGUGCAACAUAAAAUCAAUAGCACAAGUUGUGAAUCAAUUGAAACCUUUAUAUGUAAACUAAAGAACUUGAAAGAAUUAAAAGACUAUGACUAUUACAAGAAAAGAAUCCAGGUUCAGACAGUCAGAGAUUUUGAUUGUAAAAAAGAAUCGCUUGGAGUUGGAAAAGUAGGUGACAUUGUCAAGGGACUGUGUGAAAGAGGCAUGAAAGGCUACAUAACGUAUCAGUGUAAAAAGGCAAAUUCUAAAAAUGUUUGGAUACCUACACAGAGAGAAUGUGUAGUUGAAUCUAUCAAAGACCUUGAGAGGAAAGCUAAGGCCUUGAUUGUAUUGGAGAUUCCAGGUUUUAUGGAAAGUCUCAGUCAAACUGCCGAGCAGAAUAAUGUUGAGAUUACACAAUCUGCUCCAACUGUCCAAACAGUAGUUGAGAUACUCUCUACGGUUGCUAAUAUCUCACAAGAUUCUAAGAUCAAUAAACCUGUUGUAAAGGAUUUUCUUAAAACAGUGGACUUAAUUGUUGCAGAUGAAUCUAAAAACACGUGGGCAGAAUUGAAUAAUGGCGAGAACACAGGAAACAAAAGCACUGAACUUUUGCAAACUAUUGAGAAUAUAAGUGAUCAUCUUUCAGAAGGCAACUUUACGAUCACCGAAACUUCCAUUCAGUUGAUUAGAACAACAGUUGAAAACUCAUUCACUGGAACAUCUCAACUAUUAAACUCAACGACUCAGAUUGUGAUACCAAAUGUUGUUAAGCCAACCCAUAUAGCCAUUACUGUCUUCAAGAAGCUUGACAAUGUUCUACCUACUCGCUCUACUACUAUUAAUGACAACAAAACAUCAGAGAACCGCAUUAAUGGAGACGUGGUUGUAGUAAAGAUCAGUGAAACAAUUAACAACAUUUUGCUUACUUUUGACAUAAAAAAUACGUCAUUGAAAAAUCCUCAGUGUGUCUUUUGGAACUCUUCUCUUGACCGAUGGGAUUCAACUGGAUGUAAAGUCAAGAUCUCAGGAAAUGAAGCGGACAAGGUUACAUGUGAAUGCACUCACACAACCUCUUUUUCAAUCCUGAUGUCACCGGUUGCAAAUGAAGACCCUGGUAAACAAAGACACUUAGCCUAUAUAACAUACAUUGGAGUAGGUAUUUCUAUAGCCUGCUUGAUUUUUUGCCUUUUUAUUGAGAUGGCUGGAUCGAACUCAGAGAGAAAUUACUCGUCUCACAUGCGACAUGUCUCAAUAGUCAACAUCGCUGUGUCUCUGCUGAUUGCAAACAUCUGUUUCAUCAUUGGAGCUGCAAUCGCAGAUGAAGAGCAGAUGAUCUCAGUGGAUCCCUGCAGUGCAGUGGUUUUCUUCAUGCACUUUUUUUACCUGGCUCUUUUCUUCUGGAUGCUCGUUUUAACACUUUUCAGGAUCCUUUCUCAACAGUCAGAAACUAAAAUGACGAUCAUUGCUAUCACAGUUGGUUAUGGUGCACCUUUGCUCAUAGCGGUUAUUACUGUCGCAUCCACAGCGGGACCUAAAAACUAUGUCUCAAAAGAAAAUGCAUGCUGGCUGAACUGGACUGAAUCCAAGGCCCUGCUGGCAUUUGUGAUUCCAGCUCUAACUAUUCUCGCCAUUAAUCUCCUGGUUGUGUGUAAGCUGUUAAGAGCAGAGGGCGGUGCUAGAGGUCAAGAUGAGAGAUAUGUUAUUGUUGUCAUUGUCAGCUUUGUGGCCAUUCUGACUCCAAUCUUUUGCCUAACAUGGGGAUUUGGAAUUGGAACCAUGGUGUCACGUGACUUCGGCGUUCAUGUGGUUUUUGCCGCACUUAAUUCACUGCAGGGAUUCUUAGUUUUGGUGUUUGGGAAGCUUUUAAGUGACAAGUGUAUUAGACAACAUGGAGAGGGAAUCAGAAGAGGAUCAUUUGAGUUUGGAAGGAUAGAUGUGGACAAUGAAGACAGACGUUAAAGAAGACAGAAGGCUAAUAACUGCAGCCAACAGCCUCAUUUAAAGAUGUUUACAACAUGUUUAAAGUCAGCGGUGUCUCAUCAUCAUCAUCUAACAGCUCCAGUG